AUGUGCUGGAACAUCCACAUUGGCCGAUGUUCCCACCCAGAGCCGAGGCCAGACCUCAUCGCAAGCCCAGAAACAUGUAGAUGUAACCGCUACAUCACCACCUGGGACACCACUUCCCCAUGCACACCCUGCAACGACUUCCUAAUCGAGUCCUCAAUCUCCCAGGCCGAAUUCAUCGACCUCCAACUCUACAAUCGUAACGUCACACAUUUCCUCCAAGCUACCAAGGAAUUUGACGUUGAAUACGACGACCUGCCAGUCAACGUCGGUCAGUGGGCUGGUUUACCAAACCAUAUCAGGUUCACUGUAAACGGCCAGGGAACUUUGAUCGAAGGGAUUGGACUUGAGAAUCAUAUGCUUGGUGCUGCUCCUUCUUCAUAUUCCUCCUCUCUUCUUCCUGAUGGAGAUGAUGGAGCUGUUGUCCCCGACGAAGGGGAUUUGUCGGAUUCCAACUCAACACUUGUUGGGAGCGGUAGCUCUGCUGGUAGUGAAGUGGACCAUAAUGAGGUUCUUGGCGGGUUUUUGGAUGGUUUUUUGCCCGUGAUUCGAGAAGAAGAAGAAGAAGAAGAAGAAGAAGUUGAGAGUGCUGUUGGUUGA